AUGGACAGGAAGUGUGGUGUGUGUACUACUGAGGAGAGAACAGUGGAGACCUGAGAACUCUCAACUCUCAAGGAGUACAUCAUUGCCCUUAUCCGUCAGAUGCACUUCACCCCUAUGGUACGUCCCAGGGACACACUGCUUAAUGGCAGGGUGGCGGAUUGUGUUCCCUGAAAUGCGUACACCAGCUGAUUGAUGGAGCGCCGGGCCCUCUCUAUGCACUUGUUUAUCUUCUGAUCCCACGUGAACAACCAGCUCCUCCGCUGCGUGAUAUCAGAGAAGACCACCGUUGUCCUGGGAAACAUUUGGAUGACCACGUCUAAAUCCACGAAUCUGUCGCACCGGUGCCGUCCCCUUGGUUCAUCCCAAGCAGAGGUCUUCACGGAUCCACUUGUACCCGAAUACAUGAGACCUGAUCCAGGACCUGAGCGGGUCCACAUCCAGAAUUCUAAAUAAUGUCACAGGUAUGGGUCGGAUCUGAUAUGAUUGUCACGGGUCUCGUGUAUGAGUACUUUUAACUGACUUGUCCGGAAGGGCCCAUACAUAUCCGAAAGUGACUACUGCAGUCGAGAGAGAGAGCUCGUUGUUGUUGUUGGCCAAUCAUAAGUCAUCAAAGCGGCAAUGGGCUAAAGUCAUAGAGCUUCUGUGUGUGUCUAUAUGGAAUGGGUCUAGUUGUCCUCGGGCUGUUUGCAACGGGUCUCUAUAUAUUUUUUAUUAUUAUGCAUAUCGUGAAAGCCCCAGGUCCAUUUCAGAACGGUUCAAUAAUUUUGACCCGUGAAGACCUUUAAUCCCAAGUCGUUUCCACCAAGAUGGAUAACUAGGAUGUCAGGGGGACCUUUAAUAAACCUUUAUUUAACCAGGUAAGCAAGUUGAGAACAAGUUCUCAUUUACAAUUUGCGACCUGGCCAAGAUAAAGCAAAGCAGUGCGAUAAAAAUAACAACAACACAGAGUUACAUAUGGAAUAAACAAAAAUGUACAGUCAAUAACACAAUAGAAAAUAGAAAAUAUAUAUACAGUUUGUGCAAAUGUAGUAUGUUAUGGAGGUAAGGAAAUAAAUAGGCCAUAGUGCAAAAUAAUUACAAUUUAUUAUUAACAUUGGAGUGAUAGAUGUGCAGAAGAUGAUGUGCAAAUAGAGAUACUGGGGUGUAAAUGAGAAAAACAAAUAACAAUGUAAAUAACAAUAUGGGGAUGAGGUAGUUGGGUGGGCUAAUUACAGAUGGGCUGUGUACAGGUACAGUGAUCGGUAAGCUGCUCUGACAACUGAUGCUUAAAGUUAAUGAGGAAGAUAAGUGUCUCCAGCUUCAGAGAUUUUUGUAGUUUGUUCCAGUCAUUUGCAGCAGAGAACUGGAAGGAAUGGCGGCCAAAGGAGGUGUUGGCUUUGGGGAUGACCAGUGAGGCUAGGCUAGGCAUAUUGACAUGGGAGAUAGGCAUAAAGCAAUCACAGGUGUUAUUCGAGAGGGCUAAGACAACAACUGGUAAUGGCAACGAAAGUUUGGGCUGAGGCUAAACAGAUAAACAGGAUGGGUACUGUGUAAAGGAACAGCAGUGGCCAUCAGAUGUGUAGCUGAGUGAUCAUAAGGUCCAGUGAACAGCAAUAGGUAAGUCUGGGAGCAGUUCGUAGGCUGCUACAGCACAGGCGAGCAGGAGGCACGGCUGUUGAUUGCACGUGCUAGCGGGCUCGGUACUAGCAGAUGGAUCUUCGUGGUCGUCACAACGGGAAGCCUGUUGAAACCACAUCAGACGAUUACAUCGGCAGACCAGUCGUGAUGGAUCGGCGGGGCUCCGUGUCGACACUAGGAGGUCCCGUCCGGUUGACAGAGAGGUGGAUAGCCGGCAGAUGGGCCUGGCUCGAGGCUAGCUCAAGGCUAACUGGUGCUAGCUUUGGGACAAGUGGUGAUUAGUGGUGAUUAGCCAACAACAACAUCCAUUCGUUUGCAGCUAGCUAGUUGUGAUGAUCCGGUGUUAAGGUCCAGUGAUUCAGUGAUUCCGGCAGAAAAUCCAAAAUGCUCUGGGUCGAUAAUUGUCUGGUAGCUGGUAGGUAGUGCAGGCCACGGACAUUGGUGAAGACCGCUAACGGUGGCUAAUAGCAAUAGCUAAUAGCAAGUAGCUAGUUAGCUGGCUAGCUGGCUAGUUUCAGCCGUGGGUUCUUGAUAAAAGGAAAUAAUAGAAUCCGUUCCAAAUUGGGUGAGGCGGGUUGCAGGAAAGUAUAUUUAGUUAAGGAUGGAAAGUGAGAUAGAGAAAUGUAUACGAAAAAACAAAAGAACAGGCUAUUUACACGAGGACACAACAUAAUACACGACCGCACUGCUAUGCCAUCUUGGAUCCCAUGCUUCUUGGAGCCACCUUGUCCCUGAACCCUCUAUUGUCUGAGCAGUAAUGCAAGGAGGGGAUUUUAAAAAAUCUAACACACCCCUGGUUCUCUCCCUCUUACCCAUCUCUUCCUCCUGCCUCCCCUGUCUCGGGGUCCUCAGCCGUGUUGUCUUGGGGUCCUCAGGCUCACUGCACAGGGCUGGUUUUAAUUAAACUGCCUGUCACACCAUAUCACGCCGCGCCGAUCAGACCUGACCAGGGACCUGGCUCAGGGGAGAGAAGACCGUCGGCAGCAGACGUAAAUUACUUCAGACACCAAGUGCAGGGAGAGUAAGAGUCACAUCCAAGAUGCUGCUCCCUGCUCCAUACCAUCUCAGCAGCAUUCAUCUCCUGUUAGGCUACUGUAGCUGGAGAUCUGUCUCACUAUUAACAGGCACUUCCUGGGUCCUGAGUGACUGUUAUUCACUGCCAACAAUGUGUGUUAUUCUAAGACACACACACACACACACACAUGCACACAACCACACACACACACACACAUCUCUUAAAGUCAUACCAUGCACCUACUCUUAAGAGUAGUCAGUCAGUAUAAUGUGAAGUAUUUAAUUUGCUCUGAGAGAUUUGGACUGAAGUUGAGCAGGGUCAAAAGCUCCUUACUCAAAUAAGUUGUUUUUCUCUCCCCUGAUGUGCCCACACACUCUCUCUCUCUCUCUCUCUCUCUCUCUCUCUCUCUCUCUCUCUCUCUCUCUCUCUCUCUCUCUCUGUCUCUCUCUCUCGCUCUUCUCUCUCUCUCUCUCUCUCUCUCUCUCUCUCUCUCUCUCUCUCUCUCUCUCUCUCUCUCUCACACACAGACAGACACACACUCACACACUCUCACACACACACACACACACACUCACACACUCACACAGUGAGAGAGAGUUAUGAGGAAGGGCACUUUGAGGGGAGGGAGUUCUCUUCCUGUCGUGGGAGCGAGAGCGUGUAAAGGUAAUUUUUUUAAUGGAGGAAGCAACUGUUGUGAUUUAUUCAAAAUAUGACACUGGUAAUAUCGUCAUAACAUCUAGUAGCAGUGGGGCAUUAAAUAAAUCAGACUGUUUCGUCUGCUUUAUACACCACCCUCUGCAAAAUGCAUGAUGGGUACUAAUACAUCUGUUUUUACUGUCUGUUCCAUUAACUCUGCAUUUGAUGGUUAUUGUUCAGUGUCAGAGCCCAGAACCCCCGAUCCCAGGCCAGUGUAGCUGAGCUCUGAGCAGCGGUGUGAAUAAUACAACUCAAGAGGUGUAUUUCAGUUAGUCCCAAUCCCAGAUUUCCCUCCGAGCCCUCUAGAUUUUUUACAUCUAUGGUAAUCAGGCACAAAAUGCAAGGCAAGAAGCAGAACAGCGAUAGCGGCGUUUCAUGAGAUUUACAGGCAGGAAAUGUCCAUGGUGGUGAACUAGUAUGUAAAUUCAUAUGAUCGAAUGUGACGUUAUAUAUGAACUGGAAACGACGCGUAUGUAAAAUGCCAUAUAGAUGAUGGAAUAAUAUCGACAUUGUGACAUUUUUAUUACCCCGGUCGUAGACUGUCAUUGUCACAAGCACUUUCCAAUGGUGUUUUGUUCUCUCCUCCGUUUCUUCACUCUCUCCAUCCUGUAGCCGAGUGUGGUUCGUCGGUCAUAAACAAUGAGGGGAUCAUGUUGUCGCCAAACUACCCGAUGAACUACGAGAACAACCAUGAGUGCAUCUACAGCAUCCAGGUGCAGGCUGGGAAGGGAAUCAACAUCUCUGCCAGGACCUUCCAUCUGGCCCAGGGGGACAUUCUCAAGGUACUGCUCUCUCUCUCUCUCUCUCUCUCUCUCUCUCUCUCUCUCUCUCUCUCUCUCUCUCUCUCUCUCUCUCUCUCUCUCUCUCUCUCUCUCUCUCUCUCUCUCUCUCUCUCUCUCUUUCUCUCUCUCUCGGUCUCCCUUUCUGCUGGAGUGUAUGUGUAUGGCACGCCAGUGAUGGUCAAAUGACACUCAAGCAUGUGGAUUCUGUCCAUGGUAGUAAUCCUUGUCCGAGACAGAAUGGCCCUUAGGGCAGGAGCGUGAGGCAGCUUGAUGUGUAAGUAACAGUACACCCCCUGGACAGGACGCUAAUGUGGAUUCUGACCAUGGUACUUGAGAGACAAUUCUGCCAAAAAAAAUAGUCCUCCUUUGAAUAUUUAGUCAGUAACCAGUGCCAUGGAUUCUUUAAUCUCAUAAAUGGCCUUAUGCAGGCUACAGCAGCCUGGAAUCUGAACUGAAUAUCACUCCAUUUCACAAUUGAAGUGAAACAAUUGUAAAACUCAGAUAUUCCAUUUGUAUUCCAGGCUAUAGCUACUGCCCAAUAUGAAACAACAGAAUUGUUGAUCCAUGUGUUGAUUUAUUUUGACUAAGCCUCUUGUUAAGAUAGAAGACCUGUCAACCUAUUGACACUACAUAAACUGAUAGAGCGGCAAUGGAGUCAGAGGUUCAGGUGCAAAAAUAGGUGAUAUUUAUUUUACAGUGAUGACUGGAUCCAGGGGUUAUUUAAGCAAUAACGCCCAAUGAGGUGUGGUAUAUGGCCAAUAUACUACGGCUAAGGGCUAUUCUUAUCACGACGCAACGCGGAGCCUGGACACAGCCCUUAGCUGUGGUAUUUUGGCCAUAUACCACAAAACCCCAGAGGUGCCUUAUUGCUAUUAUAAACUGGUUACCAAGGUAAUUAGAACAGUAAAAAUAAAUGUUUUGUCAGCCAAUCAGCAUUCAGGACUUGAACCACCCAGUUUAUAAUUACAAAAUAUACAAAUGCUAAACCAUGAUGGAAAAGUAGUUGACAAAAAUACAGCUAUGUUGCAAAAGCAAACUUACUUGAUCUCUAUAGCAAUAGCAAUAACUUGACUCAAGCAUAAAAGGUCAAAAAGCCUAUAAAUUGACAGAGUGUCAAUGGAACAAGCCACACAGCUGAGCUCAGUAUUAGCUGGCAGAGCUCUGUAACAAUAUAAUUACCUGAAGAGCAGCUCUCCUUGAAUGAAGAAUGGGCAUCAUUAACAAGGACCUACUCUCACCUGUCAUAAAUCAUUAGCACCUCUUAACAGGUAGCCUACAUUCUCAUGGGGAUGAUAAUCAGACUAAAAAUGCAAUACUAGGCUAUUAUACUUAACAACAAAAACAAAGACAUACUUUGCUUAAAGAUAACAUUUUAAAAUAUCCCUGAAACGGGAAAAACCUAUUAAAGAGAGGUCCUGUGGAUUUUUGAGCUACCCUUGCUGUUUGUACUGUAUUUAACAUAUAUUGGCAGUUAUUUUAUUGAAAGCCCAUAGUGUCUAUGUACAGUAGCUCUAUCAGUUUAUGUAGUGUCUAUGUAGCUCUAUCAGUUUAUGUAGUGUCUAUGUAGCUCUAUCAGUUUAUGUAGUGUCUAUGUAGCUCUAUCAGUUUAUGUAGUGUCUAUGUAGCUCUAUACGUUUAUGUAGUGUCUAUGUAGCUCCAUCGGUUUAUGUAGUGUUUAUGUAGUUUUAUCAGCUUAUGUAGUGUCUAUGUAGCUCUAUCUGUUUAUAUAGUGUCUAUGUAGCUCUAUCUGUUUAAUUUGGUUGUUGUCAUCUAUGUUAUGUUGUCUGUAAAUGUUGAUGGUUUAAUGGUGUCUUUAACUCAGUGAUCUUGAACUAAAGUUAACUCUUCUCUGCAGAUCUAUGAUGGUAAAGACAGCGCUGCUCAUGUCCUGGGGGCGUUUACAGGCUCAGCCAUGCUGGGUCUCACCCUCAUCAGUACCUCAAACCAUCUGUGGCUGGAGUUCUACUCUGACCCGGAGUCCACGGGAGAGGGCUUCAAGCUGGUCUACUCUAGUAAGUUACCAAACAGUCUUCAAGCUGGUCGUACUCUAGUAAGUUACCAACCAGUCUUCAAGCUGGUCGUAGUCUAGUAAGUUACCAACCAGUCUUCAAGCUGGUCGUACUCUAGUAAGUUACCAACCAGUCUUCAAGCUGGUCGUAGUCUAGUAAGUUACCAACCAGUCUUCAAGCUGGUCGUAGUCUAAUAAGUUACCCACCAGUCUUCAUGCUGGUCGUACUCUAGUAAGUUACCAACCAGUCUUCAAGCUGGUCGUACUCUAGUAAGUUACCAACCAGUCUUCAAGCCGGUUGUACUCUAGUAAGUUACCAACCAGUCUUCAAGCUGGUCGUACUCUAGUAAGUUACCAACCAGUCUUCAAGCUGGUCAUACUCUAGUAAGUUACCAACCAGUCUUCAAGCUGGUCGUAGUCUAGUAAGUUACCAACCAGUCUUCAAGCUGGUCGUAGUCUAGUAAGUUACCAACCAGUGUUCAAGCUUGUCAUACUCUAGUAAGUUACCAACCAGUUUUCAAGCUGGUCGUUCUCUAGUACGUUACCAACCAGUCUUCAAGCUGGUUGUAGUCUAGUAAGUUACCAUCCAGUCUUCAAGCUGGUCGUACUCUAGUAAGUUACCAACCAGUCUUCAAGCUGAUAAUACUCUAGGAAGUUACCAACCAGUCUUCAUGCUGGUCGUACUCUAGUAAGUUACCAACCAGUCUUCAAGCUGGUCGUACUCUAGUAAGUUACCAACCAGUCUUCAAGCUGGUCGUACUCUAGUAAGUUACCAACCAGUCUUCAAGCCGGUCGUACUCUAGUAAGUUACCAACCAGUCUUCAAGCUGGUCAUACUCUAGGAAGUUACCAACAAGUCUUCAUGCUGGUCGUACUCUAGUAAGUUACCAACCAGUCUUCAAGCCGGUCGUACUCUAGUAAGUUACCAACCAGUCUUCAAGCUGGUCGUACUCUAGUAAGUUACCAGCCAGUCUUCAAGCUGGUCGUACUCUAGUAAGUUACCAGCCAGUCUUCAUGCUGGUCAUACUCUAGUAAGUUACCAACCAGUCUUCAAGCUGGUCAUACUCUAGUAAAUUACCAACCAGUCUUCAAGCCGGUCGAACUCUAGUAAGUUACCAACCAGUCUUCAAGCUGGUCGUACUCUAGUGAGUUACCAGCCAGUCUUCAUGCUGGUCAUACUCUAGUAAGUUACCAACCAGUCUUCAAGCUGGUCGUAGUCUAGUAAGUUACCAACCAGUGUUCAAGCUGGUCAUACUCUAGUAAGUUACCAACCAGUUUUCAAGCUGGUCGUACUCUAGUACGUUACCAACCAGUCUUCAAGCUGGUUGUAGUCUAGUAAGUUACCAUCCAGUCUUCAUGCUGGUCGUACUCUAGUAAGUUACCAACCAGUCUUCAAGCUGAUAAUACUCUAGGAAGUUACCAACCAGUCUUCAUGCUGGUCGUACUCUAGUAAGUUACCAACCAGUCUUCAAGCUGGUCGUACUCUAGUAAGUUACCAACCAGUCUUCAAGCUGGUCGUACUCUAGUAAGUUACCAACCAGUCUUCAAGCCGGUCGUACUCUAGUAAGUUACCAACCAGUCUUCAAGCUGGUCAUACUCUAGUAAGUUACCAACCAGUCUAAAUGCUGGUCGUACUCUAGUAAGUUACCAACCAGUCUUCAAGCUGGUCAUACUCUAGUAAAUUACCAACCAGUCUUCAAGCCGGUCGUACUCUAGUAAGUUACCAACCAGUCUUCAAGCUGGUCGUACUCUAGUAAGUUACCAGCCAGUCUUCAUGCUGGUCAUACUCUAGUAAGUUACCAACCAGUCUUCAAGCUGGUCAUACUCUAGUAAAUUACCAACCAGUGUUCAAGCUGGUCAUACUCUAGUAAGUUACCAACCAGUUUUCAAGCUGGUCAUACUCUAGUACGUUACCAACCAGUCUUCAAGCUGGUUGUAGUCUAGUAAGUUACCAUCCAGUCUUCAAGCUGGUCGUACUCUAGUAAGUUACCAACCAGUCUUCAAGCUGAUAAUACUCUAGGAAGUUACCAACCAGUCUUCAUGCUGGUCGUACUCUAGUAAGUUACCAACCAGUCUUCAAGCUGGUCAUACUCUAGUAAGUUACCAACCAGUCUUCAAGCUGGUCGUACUCUAGUAAGUUACCAGCCAGUCUUCAUGCUGGUCGUACUCUAGUAAGUUACCAACUAGUCUUCAAGCUGGUCAUACUCUAGUAAAUUACCAACCAGUCUUCAUGCUGGUCGUAGUCUAGUAAGUUACCAACCAGUCUUCAAGCUGGUCGUACUCUAGUAAGUUACCAACCAAUCUUCAAGCUGGUCAUACGCUAGUAAUUUACCAACACGUCUACAUGCCGGUCGUACUCUAGUAAGUUACCAAUCAGUCUUCAAGCUGGUCGUACUCUAGUAAGUUACCAACCAGUCUUCAAGCAGAUCGUACUCUAGUAAGUUACCAGCCAGUCUUCAUGCUGGUCAUACUCUAGUAAGUUACCAACCAGUCUUCAAGCUGGUCAUACUCUAGUAAAUUACCAACCAGUCUUCAAGCUGGUCGUAGUCUAGUAAGUUACCAACCAGUCUUCAACCAGUCUUCAAGCUGGUCAUACUCUAGUAAGUUACCAACCAGUCUUCAAGCUGGUCGUACUCUAGUAAGUUACCAACCAGUCUUCAAGCUGGUCAUAGUCUAGUAAGUUACCAUCCAGUCUUCAAGAUGGUCGUACUCUAGUAAGUUACCAACCAGUCUUCAAGCUGGUCGUACUCUAGUAAGUUACCAACCUGUCUUCAAGCUGGUCAUACUCUAGUAAGUUACCAACCAGUCUUCAUGCUGGUUGUACUCUAGUAAGUUACCAACCAGUCUUCAAGCUGGUCGUAUUCUAGUAAGUUACCAACCAGUCUUCAAGCCGGUUGUACUCUAGUAAGUUACCAACCAGUCUUCAAGCUGGUCGUGCUCUAGUAAGUUACCAGCCAGUCUUCAUGCUGGUCGUACUCUAGUAAGUUACAAACCAGUCUUCAAGCUGGUCAUACUCUAAUAAGUUACCAACCAGUCUUCAUGCUGGUCGUACUCUAGUAAGUUACCAACCAGUCUUCAAGCUGGUCGUACUUUAGUAAGAUACCAAACAGUCUUCAUGCUGGUCAUACUCUAGUAAGUUACCAACCAGUCUUCAAGCUGGUCGGACUCUAGUAAAUUACCAACCAGUCUUCAAGCUGGUCGUACUCUAGUAAGGUACCAACCAGUCUUCAAGCUGGUCAUACUCUAGUAAAUUACCAACCAGUCUUCAUGCUGGUCGUACUCUAGUAAGUUACCAACUAGUCGGAGAGCAGUGGUUCUGGUAACUCUUAUUAUAAUAACUUUCUUUUUUUUGUAAGAUUGUAUUUCGUUUUUACAGAUUUAAUUAAACAAUAAACACCAACUCAACAUUUCCACAGAGAGUUCCACAAAAAUAGACAUGACAUUGACUAAUAAUUACUGCUUAAGAGUAAAAAAUAAACACAAAGACGAAUGAAUAUUAAUAGUAAUUAUAAUAACUUUAAUUAUCAAGCAAUUAUAAGGCUGUUAAUGAUUUGCUGAACAUUUGUAAAUUGUUUACAAAUUGUAACACAUGAGUUAUAAAUGAUCUACUAAUGGCUUAUUAUUUAACGUUUUUAUAAAAUGUUACCUUGGUUCUUAAUGAUCCAGAGAGGGAUGUGGGUUAUCCUAUGAUUGAUUGCCCAGACACACUGAUUUAGAUAAGACCCUAAUAAAAGGCUCAACUCAUAAUUAGGAAGGUGUUCCUAAUGUUUGGUAUAUUCAGUGUAUAAUCAUAUCAUCACUUAUUUUCCCACUCGUAUCAGCCUCUAAAGAAAUCUGUUGACAGCCUGUAGUGGAUUUAAGGGAUUAAACCACAGCUUGGUCCAAGGUAGUAUCAAUUACCUGAAAUAGAGCCGCUACGCUGGUCUUUGUUGACCUCGUCCUAGCCCCCCACACAAAAUCAGACUUUGUAUUAGCACAGACACAUAAAAACACAGCUAGCCUGUGUUAGUGUGUUAGUUCUGAGAGAGAGAAAAGAAAGAUUAACCUGCUGGUGGGCUAUCUCAUUUGAAAUCUACAAAAUCUGUGUCUGGUGGGAGAUUUCAUUCCACUUGCAGGAUUAGCUGUUUGAUUGCAUCAUAAAGGUCAGUGAAAGCCCAGGGGCUGAGUCCCAAAUGGCACCCUAUUUCCUACAUAGUGCACUACUUUUGACCAGAGCCCUAUGGGUUACUCUAUGGGCCCUGGUUAAAAGUAGUGCCCUAUAUAGGGAAUAGGCGUAGGCGGCGAGGCCAACACAGUUCAGCCACCAGAAUUCCAUGUAAAGCACAGAAAUGGGGAAAUGAAAGAAAAAGAAAAAGGACUUGUAAGGUUCUGUAUUUGUUUUCUUAGUUCACCUUGUGUUGUUGAAAGUAGCCCUGUUUCUUUGUGUUCUUGAACAUAGCCCUGUUUCUUUGUGUUCUUGAACGUAGCCCUGUCUUUCAUUUUUGUUCAUUGAUUUCACCUGUGUUAGUUUCUCACCUGGUCUCAUCAGCUCCUUAUUUAGUUCAGGUCAUUCUGUUUGUGCCUUGUGAGGUAUUGAUCGUUUUGACUCUACUAAGCCUUUUCCUAGCUCGUUUGUGAGAACCAGUUAUAGCCUUCAGUCCUAGUUUUUGAUUCUCCUGCCUGUUUGCCUACCUGUGUAUGACCAUUGCCUGCCUGUGACCAUGAUUCCUGUCUUCUGUGAAGGCGUAAUAAACACCUGCCACGCUCUGCGCGUGAAUCUACACAGACAAUGACCUGUAAUCAACAUAAUCAACAUGUGUAUAUACAUAAAUCAAAAAUGUUAUACAGCACAUAUAUGUUUAUAUUCUGGUCUCUGACAUUGCUCGUUCUGCUAUGUCUUCAUUUCUUGUUCUUCUCUAACUUUUGGAUUCCGUGUGUCUUGUUAUUGUAUUACUAGAUAUUACUGCUCUGUUGGCGCUAGAAACAUAAGCAUUUCGCUGCACCAGCAAUAACAUCUGCAAAUCUGUGCACGAGACCAAUAAACUUCGAUUUGAACGUGUAAUCACUGUGCUAGGUGUAAAAUGCCACCGUUAGUCAGUCCCAGUGCCCUCCUGCCUCCGCCACACACUAUGUUAAGUGCAGUCAUGGCAACUGUUUUUUUCUCAGGGUAUAGAGCAUUGCCGUCAUGGCAACUGUUUUUUUGUCAGGGUAUAGAGCAUUGCCGUCAUGGCAACUGUUUUUAUCUCAGGGUAUAGAGCAUUGCCGUCAUGGCUACUGUUUUUUAUCUCAGGGUAUAGAGCAUUGCCGUCAUGGCAACUGUUUUUAUCUCAGCGUAUAGAGCAUUGCUGUCAUGGCUACUGUUUUUAUCUCAGGGUAUAGAGCAUUGCCGUCAUGGCAACUGUUUUUAUCUCAGGGUAUAGAGCAUUGCCGUCAUGGCAACUGUUUUUUUCUCAGGGUAUAGAGCAUUGCCGUCAUGGCUACUGUUUUUAUCUCAGGGUAUAGAGCAUUGCCGUCAUGGCAACAGUUUUUAUCUCAGGGUAUAGAGCAUUGCCGUCAUGGCUACUGUUUUUUUGUCAGGGUAUAGAGCAUUGCCGUCAUGGCUACUGUUUUUUUGUCAGGGUAUAGAGCAUUGCCGUCAUGGUGACUGCUUAGUAGUCUGAGUGCUGUGUCAAACAUUAUGUUCAGGCUCUACACUUAAUUUGAGGCAAAUGGAACUGGGUGCUAUGCAUUUAUGAGGGUUUUGUUUUUUGAAAGGUACCUGUCAUUGUGAUGAGAGGGCAGAGGGAUGCGUCUCAUUUUAGCUUGGCUGCGUCCUUCUUCAUAUCACAGGGCAGAGUUCAAACCAGCAAAUAGGAAAUUGUCAGCUGUUAAGAUGUGGGGUGGCGCGUUGAAAGACAAGGAAAAAGAACAGCGUAAUUAUUUCUGUCCUGUUUCUCUCAGUGUAAUUAUGAUGGCGUGUGAUGAUGAGGGCCAAACGAAAACGAUUAGGAGACGAUAAUAACAGGAAGUGUCUCUGACAGAAAGCCGGCCCACACUACUCCUGUACCGACCGAGAGUUCUAGACAAAUUAACCAAGUGAUUCAUCCUAAUUGUUCUGUCUGCUUAGUACAGGCCCCCAUCCCUGCCCGUGGGCCCAGUCGGAUCCUCACGCCGGAAUGACUAACCCUAAUGACCACCCUAACUUACAUUCUCUCUGUUCCGAGCCCCUGACGACAUACGUGUACAUGCAAUGCAAGCAGCACGGAAAUAACUAAAAAUGACAGAUUGGAACCCAAAUGUGUGACAUUGUGACCUUGUCCUAUACUGUCAGAAGGAGGAGGAGCCUUCUUUCUAGGCAGUUUUCCAGAGCCACUGUGGUUCCGCUUGUUCUUUGGGGUCGGGUUACUGUAGUAGAGCCCUUUGUGACAACUGGGCUUUAUAAAUACACUUGAUUGAUUUUGUUUUCUUUCUCUCUCUCUCUCCCUCCCUCCCCCCCCCUCCCUCCUCCAGGCUUUGAGCUGUCCCACUGCGAAGACCCUGGGGUGCCCCAGUUUGGCUUCAAGGUCAACGACCAGGGACAUUUCUCUGGCAGCACCAUCACCUACAGGUGCAACCCCGGCUACACCCUGCACGGCAGCGGAGUGCUCAAGUGUAUGACCGGAGAGAGACGCGCCUGGGACAACGCCCUGCCCUCUUGCAUUGGUAAGGGAACGAAGGAAAAUGUGACUGAUCAGGACCAACUGUUGACUCUAAGCAUAGCGGAUUGGUAGACGGCUCUCCCAUCUAUUUUCAACUACUGUAAGGACACAGUCCCUUUCCCAGUUAACCUAGCAGUACAGGACUGCAGCACAACCCCCCUCCUCUUCUCUCUUCAUGUCAAGUUAACCACAGAAGGAAAGAGCUCCCAUUUGUCAUAAUGAUUAACUGCGCCAUCACUCUACUCUGAGUAUAACCAGGCUAGGGGAGGCCCAGACCAGGUUGCACCUCCUACUCUGCAUAUGUAUUAACCAGGCUGGGAUGCAGCCAGACCCAUGCACUCCUACUCUGAUAGUGAUUACGUAGGGAGGCUGACCAGACCAGGUAACCCAUGCACCUCCUACUCUGCAUACUGUAUUAACCAGGCUAGGGGAGUGCAGACCAGACCAGGUAACCCAUGCACCUCCUACUCUGCAUACUGUAUUAACCAGGCUAGGGGAGUGCAGACCAGACCAGAAUAACUUGACUGGAAGAACUUUAUGGCCUAUACAGAGCCCUGACCUCAACCCCAUUGAACACCUUUGUGAUGAAUUGGAACGCCUACUGCGAGCAAGGCCUAAUCGCCCAACAUCAGUGCCCGCCCUCACUAAUGCUCUUGUGGCUGAAUGGAAGCAAGUCCCCGCAGCAAUGUUCCAACAUCUAGUGGAAAGCCUUCCCAGAAGAGUGGAGGCUGUUAUACCAGCAAAGGGGGGACCAACUCCAUAUUAAUGCCCAUGAUUAUGGAAUGAGAUGUUCGACGACCAGGUGUCCACAUACUUUUGGUCAUGUAGUGUAAAAGCAAACAAGAGGCAAUAAUAUAAUAAUAAUAAUAAUAAGCCAUUUAGCAGACGCUUUUAUCCAAAGCGACUUACAGUCAUGCGUGCAUAAUUCUUUUUGUGUAUGGGUGGUCCCGGGGAUCAAACCCACUACCUUGGCGUUACAAGCGCCGUGCUCUACCAGCUGAGCUACAGAGGACCACUCUCACAGGCAAGAGAUCUAUUAUAUAAAAAGUAUUGCUUCCCCUGGUUUAAGUUAGUAGAUUACUUAUAGUGCGUACAGCACGCUAUUUCACUAAUAAUAUUCAGGAUACCGAACCCGUAGAUAAAAACCUGUCCCAGGGUUGUUUUUGCAGGCUAGAGAAAACAUGCUGUAUCAACCGAAUAUCAGUACAGUACUCCAAGCAGGACACAUUUAGCAUCAUGUCAGUGUUCGUCAAAUUGAUAGGAUGAUUAAGUGGGCAGCAGCAAGUUACCGUCUGCUAUCUCUCUUUUCUGUUGAUUUUAGAUGUGUAAGUGGCCAAUCAGAUGUGAUUGAGCACCCUUGAGCAGCCAAUGAUGUGUGAUUGAACGUUUGCCUUUUGAGGAAUGAGCUCCAUAGGAUGUUGGUUAAGACUAGGGGGAGUAAGCGGGAUGGGGGCUUCUCUCUCUCUCUCUCGCUCCGGUAUCUAAAAACAUCUCUAAUGUUGAGUAUAAAUCAACUAGCGAUCUGAACCUUGUUAUUCAAUCUUCAUUGAACUGUGCAUCCAUUGUUUGUCAUGUAGACGGAUUAUGCAAAUGAAGCCGCUGAAAGGAAAUGCAGAUGUGGGCUCCAUUAAUAAUAAAGCCCAAACGUCCUGAAGUCCACCAGGACUGAGGGAGGACUGAGAGAGAGGGAGAUGGUAGGAGGACAGAAAGUGAGAGGGAGAUGGUGGGAGGACAGAGAGUGAGAGAGAGGGAGAUGGUGGGAGGACAGAGAGUGAGAGAGAGAGGGAGAUGGUGGGAGGACAGAGAGUGAGAGAGAGGGAGAUGGUGGGAGGACAGAGAGGGAGAUGUGGGAGGACAGAAAGUGAGAGAGAGGGAGAUUGUGGGAUGACAGAGUGAGAGAGAGGGAUAUGGUGGGAGGACAGAGAGUGAGAGAGAAGGAGAUGGUGGAGGACAGAGAGUGAGAGAGGAGAUGAUGGUGGAAGGACAGAGAGUGAGAGAGGGAGAUGGUGGGAGGACAGAGAGGGAGUUGGUGGGAGGACAGAGAGUGAGAGAGAGAAGGAGAUGGUGGUGAGGGACAGAGAGUGCAGAGAGAAGGAGAUUGGGAGGCCACAGAGUGAAAGAGAGGGAGUGGCUGGGAGGACAGAGAGUGAAGAAAGAGGGAGAUGGUGGGGAGGACCGAGAGUGAGAUGAGAAGGAGAUGGUGGGAGGACAGAGAGUGAGAGGAGAGAAGGAGAUGGUGGGAGGACAGAGAGUGAGAGAGAAGGAUAUGGUGGGAGGACAGAGAGUGAGAGGAAGGAGAUGGUGGAGGGACAGAGAGUGAGAGAGGAGAUGAAUGGUGGAAGGACGAGGAGAGGUGGAGAUGAGGGGAGAUGGUGGGGAGGGACAGAGAGGGAGUUGGGUGGGAGGGACGAGAGAGGUGAGAGAGUAGACGGAGAAUGGUGGGGAGGGACAGAGAGUGGAGAGAGAGGAGAUGUGGGGGACAGGUGAAAGAGGAGAUGGUGGGAGGAAGAGAGGAGGGGGAGAUGGGUGGGAGGACAGAGGAGUGAGAGGAGAAGGUAGGAUGCGUGGGAGGACAGAGACUGUGAGGGAAGAAGGAUAGGGUGGGGGGACAGAGAGUGAGAGCAGAAGGAUGAUGGGAGGACGAGAGGAGGGUAACGGCUGGGGGACAGAGAUUGAGAGAGAAGGAGAUGGUGGGAAGGAACCAGAGACGUGACCGAGGAGAGGGAGUUGGUGGGUGGACAGAGAGAGAAGGAGAUGGUGGGAGGACAGCGAGUCAGAGAGAAAGAGAUAAUAAGUGAGUUAGAGAGAGCGAAAGAGAUGGUGGGAGGACAGAGUGAUAGAGAAAGAGAUAAUAAAUGAGUAAGAGAGAGAGAGAUGGUGGGAAGUACAGAGAGUGAGAGAGAGGCAGAGCGAUUGGGAGAGAAAGAGAGACAGAGAGAUGGCCAUUUAAAGUUGGUUAUUAAAGUGAUAGCGGGGGCAGACUGACAACGAGCAGGUUAUGUAAGCCUCAGUAGCCCUGGAAGCAGCCAGCAAGAGUAGCAGUCAGCAAGAGUAGCAGUCAGCAAGAGUAGCAGUCAGUUAAAGAAGCAGUCAGCUAGAGUAGCAGUCAGCAAGAGUAGCAGUCAGCUAGAGUAGCAGUCAGCCAGAGAAGCAGUCAGCAGGCCUCAUGAUCAGCGCUGGGUUCGUUCCAGGUGGCGGGCCACUGCAUCACUCUGGGUUUGGGGGGGUCCGAGGCUGACACUGCCACACUGCCCCCACAGCACCGCCACACUGCCCCCACAGCACCGCCACACUGCCCCAAGCACCGCACACUGCCCCCACAGCACCGCCACACUGCCACCAUAGCACCGUCACACUGCACCGCCACACUGCCCCCACAGCACCGCCACACUGCCCCCACAGCACCGCCACACUGCCCCCACAGCACCGCCACACUGCCCCCACAGCACCGUCGCACUGCACCGCCACACUGCCCCCACAGCACCGCCACACUGCCCCCACAGCACCGCCACACUGCCCCUACAGCACCGUCACACUGCACCGCCACACUGCCCCCACAGCACCGCCACACUGCCCGCACAGCACCGCCACACUGUAAGAGAUGGUUUUGGGCUGGCUGCUUAUUUUACUGACAGCCUUAUGGGUCCUGGUCAAAAGUAGUGCACCACAUAGGGAAUAGGGUGCCAUUUGGGACGCACACCAGCAGUCUGCAAACACUCUCGUGGGGCAUUAUUGAUUUACUGAGAUGAUUCACACGGCAAGGCUUCACAUUCGCAUGAGGAGCGGUAGACGUGUUACAUUUGUUUGCCAGCCAGCCACUAAUUAUUUUCCCUCAGCUGUGUGUGUGUGUGAGAGAGACAGUGUGAGUAAGUGUGUGUGUGUGCGUGGGUGCGUGCAUGUGACUGUGUUCCUGUCCAUGGAGGCCUCUAUGCGUAUACAGCAUCCAUGUAUAUGCAUAUAUUUAGGUUUUUGAAUGUACGUCACUGCAAAACUGCUACAGUAUCUUAUUUUAUUUCUCUCCGUAGUUAGAUAUCUAUCAUGAUCUGAUUCUAUUUCUAUGGUCUCUCCAUAGCUAGAUAUCUAUCAUGUUCUGAUUCUAUUUAUAUGGUCUUUCCAUAGCUAAAUAUCUAUCAUGUUCUGAUUCUAUUUCUAUGGUCUCUCCAUAGCUAAAUAUCUAUCAUGUUCUGAUUCUAUUUCUAUGGUGUCUCCAUAGCUAAAUAUCUAUCAUGUUCUGAUUCUAUUUCUAUGGUCUCUCCAUAGCUAAAUAUCUAUCAUGUUCUGAUUCUAUUUCUAUGGUCUCUCCAUAGCUAGAUAUCUAUCAUGUUCUGAUUCUAUUUCUAUGGUUUCUCCUUAUAGCUGAAUGUGGAGGAAAGUUCACAGGCGAGUCUUCAGGACGUAUCCUGUCCCCUGGAUACCCGUUCCCUUACGACAACAACCUCCGUUGCACCUGGAUCAUUGAGGUGGACUCUGGCAACAUCGUUAGGUACUACUGAUAAUGAAUUAGUAUUAAUCAAGUAUCCUCCUUUUCGUGUAUUGUCCUCUCAUUUCAACAGCCAAGCAAAGGCCCUGCAAAGGUUAUCUUGUUAUAUCUGUCUAGCAAAAAAAGUACAAGGUUACAGCUCUCUCUCACACUCACACACAUACACUGACAGUCACUCUGGAUAAGAGUGUCUGCUAAAUUACUUUGAUAGAAAAGUGAAUACACUUUCAUGGCUUUGAAAGAGCGAGCAUCUAGUCCAGAAAGCAGACAUUGUCCAGUGCUUCAGUAAAUCAAAUCAAAGGUUGUUUGUCACAUGCGCCAAAUACAACAUGCUGACUUACGAGCCCUUAACUAACAAUACACAGUUUUUUAAAAGUAAGUAAGAAUAAUGUACUAAAUAAACUAAAGGAACAUUUGUAACACAAUAAAAAUAACAGAGUAGCAGCAGCGUAUGUGAAGAGUGUGAAGGAAAGUGAAUGUGUGUGUGUGUGUGUGUGUGGCGUCAAUAUGCGUGUGUGUGUGUUUUGUGUGUGUGUCCAUGUGUCCGUGUGUGUGUGUGUUUUGUGUGUGUGUCCGUGUGUGUGUGUGUGUGUGUGUGUGUGUGUGUGUUGGGGUGUCAGUGUAGUAUGUGUGAGUGUGUAGUUAGAAUCCAGUGAGUGUACUUUGAGCCCUUGCAAGAGAGUCAGUGAUAAUAAAAUAAGGCGGUCAAUGCAAAUAGUCCUGGUAGCCAUUUGAUUAACUGUUCAGCAGUCUUAUGGCUUGGGGGUAGAAGCUGUUAAAGAGCCUUUUGAUCCCAGACUUGGCGUUCCGGUACCAUUGGCCGUGCGGUAGCAGAGAGAACAGUCAAUGACUUGGGUGGCUGGAAUCUUUGACAAUUUUUAGGGCCUUCCUCUGACUCCGUCUAGUAUAGAGGUCCUGGAUGGCAGGAAGCUUGGCCCCAGUGAUGUACUGGGCCGUACGCACUAUCUUCUGUAGCACUUUGCAGUUGCCAUACCAAGCGGUGAUGCAACCAGUCAGGAUGCUCUCGAUGGUGCAGCUGUAGAACUUUUUGAAGAUCUGGGGUCCCAUGCCAAAUCUUUUCAACCUCCUGGGGGGGAAAGAGGUGUUGUAGUGCCCUUUUCACGACUGUGUUGGUGUGUUUGGACCAUGAUAGGUCCUUAGUGUUGUUCACACCAAUAAACUUGAAGCUCUCGACCUUCUCCACUACAGCCCCGUCGAUGUGAAUGUCUGCUCACAUUAUCGUGCCGACCUGAACCGUCCAUUUUCCGCAACUACGAUAGAUUGGUAACCAGGCCAAUGCGGUACAGAUCAGCUUGGCUCUGUUGGGCUCAGCUCAGUGGUGUGACAGUGGUACAGGAGAGGCGCUCUGUGUCCCUCUGUGCUCUCUCCAGUAUAGUCUAUAGAUGCCAGAUGCCUCUUUGUUUUCAGUCUGAGAGCCCUGGGCUAGGCAGUCUAAUGAGACUCAAAUGCUCAAUCAUAUAUUAAAUUAUUAGUCUUGUGUAGAGCCGGAACAGUGUCACCUUGGAGGCGAACAAUUUGUCCUGUUCCAACUCCCAGUUGGGCACCUCGUUUGAAAUCAUAUUUUUAUUCAUGACUUUCUUUAUUUUCUUCCACUGAUGAUCAGCACUGUCUGCUGAAUGGAAGGAGUGUUAUGACCACGAGCAUCAAUUACCUGCCUAGUUUUCUGACUUAUAGCUUAUUGUUUCUCUACGGCAUCACUAUACCUAGCCAGGUACCUUGGUCUUGCAUCACAGCAGGACGUUAUGUUAUGUUGUAUCUAGUUGCAUUAAAAAAAGGAGAAUGAUAAAAACUAGAAGAAAUAAAGCCUUAAAUGUAGAACAUACUGUACCAAUAUCAAUGCAGAACAUACUGUACCAAUAUCAAUGCAUAACAUACUGUACCAAUAUCAAUGUAGAACAUACUGUACCAAUAUCAAUGCAGAACAUACUGUACCAAUAUCAAUGUAGAACAUACUGUACCAAUAUCAAUGUAGAACAUACUGUACCAAUAUCAAUGCAGAACAAACUGUGUGUGUUUAUAUAAGACAUUCAGUGAUUUGACUUGAUUUAAACCUCCUUUACCCCAUGAGGAGCAAAGGUCAUCCACAAAAAAUGAUCUCCUACGCGUUCUGUUUUUGAGCAAAAUUUCUCAAGUUCCUUCCAUGAUUAUCCACCAUCUCUGUUAUUACUCUAUUAUUCUGUGAUUUAUUGCAAGAGAAUGUACUGCAGCCUAGGGUUUGCAAAAUUCCAACAACUUUUUCUAAAUUCUUCCAACCCCAGUCUGCAGUUCCUGGCCUUUGAUACAGAGGCGUCCCAUGACAUUCUGAAGGUGUGGGACGGUCCUCCUGAGAAUGAGAUGGCUCUGAGGGAGGUGUCUGGCUCCCUGCUCCCCGAGGGGAUACACAGCACCCUCAACCUGGUCACCAUCCAGUUCGAGACCGACUUCUACAUCAGCAAGUCCGGCUUCGCCAUCCAAUUCUCAAGUGAGUGGUUUACUGUUUGUGAAAAGUCUAUGAAAUGUAUAUCUUAAAAAAGCAAAGAUACUCUCUGUGUCUUUCAUACAGUCUGCUGGAGUGUACAGGUUUUGGUUAUUCUCUGGAAUGUUAUUGGGCUCAGAGACAUUGUUGGUUAUGUAUUGUGAAGGUCGCUAUGAAGGAUACUGCAACACUCAUUAAAUGUCAUGUCAGCAUUAAGGUGUUAUGAAUGUCUGUGCAUGUACUCUUCAAAGUGAUUGCAUGAAGCCCCUGCAUAGAUUUAAUUCCCUCCCUGUGUUGUGCCUGCCAGGUUCAGUGGCCACCGCCUGCAGAGACCCGGGGGUCCCCAUGAACGGCAGUCGUAACGGGGACGGACGAGAGCCGGGUGACACUGUCACCUUUCUCUGUGACCCCGGGUACGAGCUCCAGGGAGAGUUGAAGAUCACAUGUAUUCAAGUGGAAAACCGUUACUACUGGCAACCCAGCCCUCCUGUCUGCAUAGGUGAGUGCUUUAAUUACAGAUAGGCCCUGGAGAUUUUCCUGACCAGAAAAGGACCCUUGGCUCUAGGUAUAGCUUUGUAUUAAUGUGAGUACUAACAGGUAGAGCCAGGGGGUUGUAUUAAUGUGAAUACUAACAGAUAGAGCCAGGGGGUUGUAUUAAUGUGAAUACUAACAAUGAGCCAUGGGGGCUGGAUUAAUGUGAGGACAUAACGGUAGCGCCAGGGCGUGUCUUAAUUGAGUACUAACAGAUAGAGCUAGGGGGUUGUAUUAAUGUAGUACUAAACAGAUAGAGGCAAGGGGGUUGUAUUAAUGUGGGAAUAACAGAUAGAGCCAGGGGGUGGUAUUAAGGGAGUACUAACAGAUAGAGCCAGGGGGUUGUAUUAAUGUGAGUACGUAACAGAUAGAGCCAGGGGUUGUAUUAAUUGAGCUACUAACAGUAGAGCCAGGGGGUUGUAUUAUGUGAACACUAACAGAUAGAGCUAGGGGGUGGUAUAAGGUGAGUACUAACAGUAGAGCCAGGGGGUUGUAUGAAAGGGGUAGUACAUAACAGACCAGAGCAGGGGGUUUAUUAAUGUGAAUACGAACAGAUAGAGCCAGGGGGUGGUAUUAAUGUGAGUACUAACAGAUAGAGCCAGGGGUUGUAUAAUGUUGAGUACAACAGAUCGAGCCAGGGGUUGUAUUAAGGUGGAGUACUAACAGGUAGAGCCAGGGGGUUGUAUUAAGUGAAUACUAAAGAUAGAGCCAGGGGGUUGUAUUAAUGUGAGUACUCACAGAUAGAGCCAGGGGGUGGUUUAAUGUGACUACUAACAUAUAGAGCCAGGGGGUUGUAUAAUGUGAGUAAAACAGAUAGAGCCAGGGGAUUGUAUUAAUGGAUCUAACAGAUGCCAGACAGGGGGUUGUAUUAAUGUGAUUCUAACAGGUAGAGCCAGGGGGUGUAUAAUGUGAGUACUAACAGAUAGAGCCAGGGGGUGUAUUAAUGUGAGUACUAAACAGAUAGAGCCAGGGGGUGUAUUAAUGUGAGUACUAACUGAAGAGCCAGGGGGUUGUAUGAAUGUGAGUACAACAGGUAGAGACAGGGGUUGUAUUAAUGUGAAGUACUAACCCCAGAUAGAGCCAGGGGGUUGUAUUAAUGUGAGUACUAACAGAUAGAGCCAGGGGGUUGUAUAAUGUGGGGGAUUACUAAAUGAUAGAGCCAGGGGGUUGUAUAAGUGAGUACUAACAGAUAGAGCCAGGGGGUGUAUUAAUGUGAGUACUAAACAGGUAGAGCCAGGGGUUGUAUUAAUGUGAAUACUAACAGAUAGAGCCAGGGGGUUGUAUUAAUGUGAGUACUAACAGAUAGAGCCAGGGGGUUUUAUUAAUGUGAGUACUAACAGAUAGAGCCCGGGGGUUGUAUUAAUGUGAGUACUAACAGAUAGAGCCAGGGGUUGUAUUAAUGUGAGUACUAACAGAUAGAGCCAGGGGGUUGUAUUAAUGUGAACACUAACAGAUAGAGCCAGGGGGUUGUAUUAAUGUGAGUACUAACAGAUAGAGCCAGGGGUUGUAUUAAUGUGAAUACUAACAGAUAGAGCCAGGGGGUUGUAUUAAUGUGAGUACUAACAGAUAGAGCCAGGGGAUGGUAUUAAUGGAAUACAACAGAUAGACCAGGGGUUGUAUUAAUGUGAUACUAACUGAUAGAGCCAGGGGGUGUAUAAAGUAGGUACUAACCAGAUAGAGCCAGGGGUGUUUAAUGGAGUAUAAAGGUAGAAGCCAGGGGGUUGUAUUAUGUGAAUACUAACGAUAGAGCCAGGGGGUUGUAUUACCGUGAGUACUAACGAUAGAGCCAAGGGGGUUUUAUUCAUGUGAGUUACUACAGAUAGAGCCCGGGGGUUGUAUUAAUGUGGUACUAACAGAUGAGCCAGGGGGUUGUAUUAAGGAGUACUAACAGAUAGAGCAAGGGGAGUUGUAUUAAUGUGAAUACUAACAGAUAGAGCCAGGGGGUUGUAUUAAUGUGAGCACUAACAGGUAGAGCCAGGGGGUUGUAUUAAUGUGAGUAUUAACAGAUAGAGCCAGGGGGUUGUAUUUAAUGUGAGUACUAACAGAUGAGCAGGGGUGUAUUAAUGUUAGUACGAACAGAUAGGAGCCAGGGGUUGUAUUAAAGUGAGACUAACAGAAGAGCCAGGGGGUGUAUUAAAGUGAGUACUAAACAGUAGAGCCAGGGGGUUUAUUAAUGUGAGGACUAACAGAUAGAGCCAGGGGGUUGAUAAUGUGAGUACUAAACAGGUAUAGGCCCGGGGUUGUAUUAAUGUGAAUACUAACAGAUAGAGCCAGGGGUUGUAUUAAAGUGAGUAUCAGAUAGAGCCAGGGGGUUGUAUUAAUGUGAGUACUAACAGAUAGAGCCAGGGGUUGUAUGAAUGGAGUAUAACAGAUAGAGCCACGGGUUGUAUUAUGUUGUACAUAAACAGAGAGAGCCAGGGGUUGUAUUAAAGUGAGUACUAACAGAUAGAGCCAGGGGGUUGUAUUAAUGUGAGUACUAACAGAUAGAGCCAGGGGGUUGUAUUAAUGUGAGUACUAACAGAUAGAGCCAGGGGGUUGUAUUAAUGUGAGUACUACAAGUAGAGCCAGGGGGUUGUAUUAAAGUGAGUACUAACAGAUAGAGCCAGGGGGUUGUAUUAAUGUGAGUACUAACAGAUAGAGCCAGGGGGUUGUAUUAAUGUGAGUACUAACAGACAGAGCCAGGGGGUUGUAUUAAAUGAGUAUAAAAGAUAGAGCCAGGGGUUGUAUGAAGUGAGUACUACAGAUAGAGCCAGUGGGUUGUAUAUGUGGGUCUAACAGCUAGAGCCAGGGGUUGUAUUAAGGUGAGUACUACAGAUAGAGCCAGGGGGUUGUAUUAAUGUUCUUUUUUUUGAGUAUAACAGAUAGAGCCAGGGGGUUGUAUUAAAGUGAGUACUAACAGAUAGAGCCACUGGUUUCCCGUGACCACUAUGUGUGAGCAGAGCAGGGAAAAACUAUUUGCUCUCAUUAUAGACUUCUGUUGAGGUGAGUGCUUACAGGUAGGUCCAGGAGUUUUCCUCUUUCUAACCUUACGUUCCUCUCAGUAGUAUUCUGUUUGUUCUGUUGAGUCCAAUUCAUCUAUAGAAGCUGUAACAAGGGGAGAGCUUUGUGACAAGUAUCAUAUAGCAGCCCGUUGGUGUUGCAGAGAGACUCAGACCAUGCUACCCAGCCCCAGCCUCCUUGCCUGCUAGUUAACAUAUUGAAUUAAUAUCCCUGAGUGUUGCCAGAACUUGCUGGCGCCAAGCAGCACUUAAGCUCUAGAGAUGACUGACUGUCAUCGUGCUCCAACCAUUUGAAUGAGGCAAGACAUUAAAUGAAUUUCAAUUUAUUGGACGCAGAUCCAAAGAGAUAGUGUGCUUAUAACAAGUACCUUGACGAAACCUCAAGGAUUCUUGUCAUCUCUUGAUCAAGGGUGUCUUGUUUUAAUGUGGCUUAUAACGUCUGAUCUCUCAAAACUAACUACAUCAGCUGUUGUUAUGGUUGCAAAAUUCCGGUAACUUUCCCAAAAAUGUCCAUGUUUUCCAGAAUUCCUGUUAGGAGGAUUCCGGAUUUCCCGCGUAUUCCCUUCUGAUUCCGGGAAUCUUUCAACCAAGAUUUUCUGAAAACCUGGUAAUUCUGGGAACGUUACCGGAAUUUUGCAGUCCCAAACACCAUUUUAUCUCCACAGAACUACAUGUGUUUUUCCCUGUGGCAUAACAGAGACAGUUAAUGAGUACACGUUACAUUUUCUCACUUCUCUUCUUCUCUUUCAGCCCCCUGUGGAGGAAACUUGACUGGAUCCAACGGCUUCAUCCUGUCUCCCAACUUCCCCCACCCCUACCCCCACAGCAGGAACUGUGAUGGCUAA